AUGGAAAGAAAUAGUCUUUCUUGUUCUCAAGAAAGAUCCAGCCCGGAGAAGAAGCUUAAACUGUUCGGAGUCGAGCUUGAGCCAUCUGAUAUUCUUGAGACUGAUCGGGAUAAAGGGUUUCCAUCUGACCGCGACGAGAGCAUCAACUCGUCGGCCUCGUCUACCGUGACGGAGAAGCCGACCGGUGAGCUGGAGCUAGAGGACAAGAAGUUCGAGUGCCAAUAUUGUCUCAAGGUGUUUGCUAACUCACAGGCUUUAGGGGGUCAUCAGAAUGCACACAAGAAGGAGAGAAUGAGGAAGAAGAGACUGCAGCUUCAAGCAAGAAAGGCCACCCUCAAUUAUUACAUCCAACCCUUUCAUUACAACAGUAGCCAACAUAGUAACAAGCAUUCUUACAAUUGUUAUGGCUCUAGUACCACUCCUGCAUGGUACUAUGAUCCAUCAUGUCAUCCUCCUGAAUUUUCAAUCUACGACGAAUCACAGAUCAAUUUUGAUGUCUAUGGUUCAGAUCCGAUCAUGAAUGGUCGUGAAAGUUCCAGAUGGCAUGUUGAUCUGACCGAUUACGUCCCGGUUCAACAAAAUACACGUACGUUUAGUCUGACACACGUAGACAGAUCGAGCGACAAGUACUCGAGGGCUAUCAGCAAUAAGCCCUCGACGGGGCCGAAUUCAUCAAAGAAACUUUGUAGUAGGAAAAAUUUAGAUCUUCAAUUAGGGUUGAGUUUACAUUAA